AUGGCUCUCGUGGCCUCAGACGCACGGAGCGAAUCAUCCGGUGGGUCAGGGUCGGCGCGGUCUGGUGGAUCAAGGAAGUACAGGGUUGUCUCUCGCGGCAGCAAUGUCGACGAGUCACUCUUCGGGUCGAGCAACUCCAAAGGACGCAAGAAGAGCACAGGGAGGAAGAUACUCGAGGGAGAAGUCCCUCCUAAGGCCACGGUGAUCACCGAGGAAGAGCUUGCUCAAAUGAAACGACGGGCAAUCAUCACUUCGCUAGCUGACGAAGAGGCUGCAAGGGUGGGCAGGGAAAAUAUGCUCGAGGAGAGGCAGCGGGCAGCACGGGCGCGUAAACAACGCAUGCUGGAGAUGGAGGUGGAAGCAAAGAAAAAAGCCCUAAAGAGCGACAUUGAGGUGGAGAGAAUGGCGCACGAUCAGAUGGUGAAGAAGAUGGCUACGGAAAAGCUUGACGCCAACAACGACCUGGUCAAGAUGCUCAACUCUCUCGGUGCUCGCGCAGCAGCAUUCACCAUCCGGGACAAGCAGCUUGCGGAAAAAGAUAGGCGGGAGGGCUCAGAGAAGGUCUACGAUGAGCGGAUGGAUAUGAUCAUGGAGCUGGAUCGUCUCAAGGACCUCACAAAGAGGGAUGCCGAAGAGCAGGCCAAGAAGUCCAAGCGAGUUGAGGAUCGCAAAGUCAUUACCGAACAGAUUGAGGCUAGACAGAGGGCCAAGCUUAUCCGGCUAGAGGCCAGGGAACAGGAAAACCGCGCUAUGCUGGGCGUUAUCCAACGCUACGCCGACGAAGACAAGGCAACUGCGGAAAAGAAGGCCAUAGAGGUCCGGCAAGCUCGAGCGGCGGUCAUGGCGGCCAAUGAAGCGGCGAUCGAGAUGCGUCGCUCGGCCAGGCAGAGAGAGGUCGAGGAAGUAGAAUCCAUCCUGGCCUACCAAGCUAUGAAGGAUGAAGAAAUGCGACUUCGUGAAGUGGAGGAGGCCGAAAAGAAGCAGAUGAUGAAGGAAAGGCAGCAGAAACUCCUCGAGGGACAGCUGAGGGACAUGGACAAGCAGGCCGAGCUCGACGAGCUGAGGGCCAGACGCGCCGCGGAAGAAAAGGAGCGUGAGAUGAGGCACCGCGAGAGGUUCGCCGCGGAGAAACGCCGGAAGGACGUGACGCAACUUCAGGCGGAUCGAAAGCGCCAGGCAGACAUGAAGAAAGCUCAGCUAGCCAAAGAGGCGGAACUGGAAGAGGGAGAAUACGAGGCAGCAGUCAGAUACAACGCCACUUUGUCAGAGAGAGAACGACGCGAGAGUGAAGCAAAACACGCCGCUUGCAUGGAACACCGCAGUGCCAUCCUGCUACAGGUACAAGAGGCUGAAGCGAAGAGGAAGGCCGAUCGAGCCGCCAAGUUCGAAGAAGGCCGCCGCCUCAAACAGGAGUACACGAUGGAGCGUGCCAAGCUGGAAGCCAUGCGUGACAAGAUGGUUGAAGACAUGGAGAAGAGAGGAAUCAACCCUAAGUACCUGACGGAGAUGAAAGCUGUGGACAUCCACAAAAUGCACAUGCGUUAG